GCAGCGCAUGCGCGUUGGCGGUGGAGUAUGGAGGGUUGGGGGGCGGGUCGAGUUGAGUAAGGGGAGGGGGAGAGAGGGAGAAAAAAGAGGGUCGAUCGGUCGGUGUGAGCUGGAGCCAGCGUUAUGGUAGGGCUGAAGGCGGCCCGGGCGGUGCGCAGGGCAGUGCUGCUCCCCACCAUGUUGACGUUUGGUGUGAUCGUGGCGUCGGGCGGGCUGUUGCUGAUGAUCCAGAAGGGGAUGCUGGCGGAGGUGGACACGCUGAGCAGCCACACGUACGGAGCCCGGAGCCGGUCCCGCAGCAGCACCAGCUCCAGGCCCAACUCCCGCGGCGGGCAGGAUUGGAAGGGGGGCGAGGAUCCGGAUUACCAGAUUAUUCAAGAGAUCCGGAACAGGACUCUUCGGAGUGUUUGCAAACAGAAGACAAUGCCACACAGUAUUUUGGAUUUAACCUCACCCCAACGACGGACUUUGCUGAAACACAUUCUAGUUAAUGAUGAAUACAGGUUUUUGUAUUGUUAUGUGCCCAAAGUUGCGUGCUCUAACUGGAAACGUGUUAUUAAAGUUCUGAGUGGCGCAUUGGAUAACGUGAACGUGCAGAUCAAAAUGGACCACAAAAAUGACUUGGUCUUCCUUGGGGAUUUAAAGAACAGUGAGAUUAAAUAUAGGCUGAAACAUUACUACAAGUUUAUGUUUGUUCGAGACCCAAUGGAACGAUUAUUGUCAGCUUAUAGAAAUAAAUUUGGAGAAGUGGUGGAAUACCAAAGGAGGUAUGGAAUGGAGAUAGUGAGAAGAUAUAGGAAAAACAUUGGGCAGUCCAAGGGGGAUGAUGUUACUUUUUCAGAAUUUCUUCGGUAUUUGGUGGAUGAAGAUGUAGAGACAAUGAAUGAACAUUGGAUGCCAGUUUAUAAUCUGUGUCAACCAUGUGCUGUGACGUAUGACUACAUUGGUUCUUAUGAACGAUUGCAUAGUGAUGCACACUAUGUACUUCAAAAUGUUGGGGCCUUGGACCGUGUUGAAUUUCCUGAAAGACAAGCAUGGUAUAAACCUGUCACAAAGGAGAUCUUGCAUUACUAUCUAUGUAAAGUGCCUCAAGAACUUCUGCGUGAACUUCUACCAAAGUAUAUUCUAGAUUUUUCAUUAUAUGCUUAUCCUCUCCCAAAUGUUACACAUGAAUAUUGCAGGCAUUGAAGAGCAUUGUCUCCAUGGUGUAUGGAUGAGAAUGUGUUUUGCCACUUAUUUUGUAAAUGAUGAUUGGAUUAUUAGCAUUCCUAUAGCAUUCUCUUAUUGCUUUUGUUUGGUUAUUAUAUAUGCAUAUAACAUUGGGGUGAUGGACUUGUCCCUAAACCUCACUUCUCACCCUUUUUUUCUCUCUACCCCUCCCCCCCCCAAAAAAAGUAGGUGACUUGAAUAUUUUCUGUGAUUUUAAAUAUUUGGUCCAAAUUUACUUGUGUAAUUUCCCCAGGAUCAGUAUUUCAGUAAUUGUUUUUGUCUUGCACUUUUGUCAAGACACUUUAAAAGAUGUUUUUCCAGCUAUUUUCAUACUUCUACUUUCCUGAGCUCACUUUGUUCCUUUUCCUCUUCACUUGUUUAGUUUCUUUGCUCUUCAAAGAUUUUUCUGUUCUGUUUUUCAGAAGCUGCAAAUAGCAAUAAUGUUAUUCCCAGUGUGUAGAGAUAGUGUUUCCACUGUCAGUUAAACCCACUGAUCACAUUGGUGUAGACUGAGAUUUUAUGUGUAAAUUUAGUAUUUAACUAUCCUCCAUUAUCUGCAUUUUUCAGGUGACAAUUGCCAUACUCUUAAUGGGAAUAGUUGCUGUAGUUCCUUUGACUUUUUUUUACUGUGUUCUUUAGUAAAUUAGUUUUCCAAACAAUUGACUAUGAGCCCAGACUUGAACCUCACACCACCUCUUACUGAUUAGUUGACAGUAUUCUUAAUGUUAAUUUAGCAGUAGGAAAUUCUCUAGUUAACUUUGUGUUGUAGUACUCAAAUUCUGCUGUGUAAUAAGUAAACAACAUAAGAAGGACAAUACAAUAAAAUCUUACAGGGACCAAUAAGAACACUUUUUUUUUACCAGGACUUGACUGUUGUCUUUUUGCUGCUUGUUUUUAUCUUAAAGGAGCAGGGCUCGUAUCUUUGAAUCAGUGGUACUUGGUUACUUUUUAAUAGCUGCUUUAUUGUAGAAUGACAGAAGCUCUAAUGUUGCAUUAGAAAUUGGCUAUUCUUGAUCACCUUGUAAAUAUGGAUUUUAUGCUUUUUUUUAAACUGUACAUAGAAUGUACUAGGAUUGUGAUAUUGUUGUUUUGCUUGUCUUGCUAAUUGUGUGGAACACCACAUACUUUAUCAUGUCUUCCACAGAGUAGUGGAAGAUCUAAUGUAUGUAUUGUAUAAAUUCUAAAGACAGCUGAGUAGCUUGGAUUAGAGUUCACUGGGAACUGGUAUGGCUAAUAGCACAUUUUUUCAUUUGAAAAGUAUAUUUUUAUGAAGAUGUUACAUUUGCAAGUCAAAUAAAAUAUUGCCACCUU